UGACAGCCGCCGACCAGCUGGUGUGGGGGCGUGUUGAGCCAAGUCCACAGCGACGACUGAACUGUGGCGAGACGACGUUUGCCGUCUCGCUGGGACGCGCACAACAACAACAACGACGUGAAACUCGCCGGAGAAGGAGCAGAACAACAACAACAAGGACAACAACGACAACAACAACAACAAAACAACGACAACAACAACAACAACGACGACAACAACGACAACAACGACGACAACGAGACGCCAACUUCUUCAGAAGACAACUACCGAUCACAGUGACGCAGCGAGGAUGUCGCGAGCGCAGGCGGAGGGCGUCAUUAAGAACAUCAUCCGCGAAAUCGGCCAAGCGAGCGCGGCGCGGGGAUGCUUGGCGUCGGAGACCCUCGUGGCGUUUAUGGUGAAGGCCGUGGUUCUUGACCCCCGCAAUGGCUUCAACGUGGACCGUACGUUGACUAAGGAGGACGUGCAGAAACUCAUCAAGCUAUGCGAGGACCGAUUGCUGGACAAUAGCCGCCCUUCGCUGGAAACCAAAAUGCAGGUGUAUUUUGACAUGAACUACACAACCCGAGCUGAGUUCCUUGAGGAGCACCGGCGCGUCCUGGAGACCAGGCUGGCGCCCAUCCAGCGUGAGAUCACGGACAGCCGGGCACGCUCGCGGGAGGAGUUAGAGGCCCUCUACCGCAAGGUGGUGAGCUACGUACUGCUCUCCUCGGGCCUCGGAUCUCCCACGCACAUCGCCGUCGUCCGUGAGGCCACCGCGGCGCUGCAGAGCGUUUUUCCACAGACGGACCUGGGCACCUUCCUGGCCAUGACAAAAAAAGAAAAGGAACAGCAGCUGACGGAGCUCUCCCUCAUCACCACGGGCAUCCGCCUAUUCAACAAGAAAUGUGGCAAGGGAGGGGAGGGCAUCGAUGACUUGCCGGCCAUCCUCAACGAGGCCAUCCCGGCCGCCACCAAGCACCUCGACGCGGAGCUGGGAAGCACACGGCAGCUGGCGCACCGCUACACCGCGAUCCUGGAGCAGUGCUCCGAUCCGGCCGACCAGCUGGUCCGGGCCGGCAUAUUCCCCGACACCCUCAGAGAGCUGUUGUUCAACUGUCGGCAGCACGAGUGCUUCCUCAAGAUAUUGUUGGGAGACAUGAUCACAUCGGCCGGAGAGGUGGAGUCUCUGCAGAGCCAGCUGGCAUCUCACAUGGACGCGCUUCAGGGCAUCAUCCAGGCCAAGCAGGCCGUGCCCACAACGCAAGUCUACCCUCAUUUCAUGGCGGUGGCGCGGGUUUGGUGCAGCUUCCAGGACCAGAUGGUGCUGCUCAGCGUCCUCAGCAACGUCAUGACCAACCUGACGCCCUUCCUGGAGCCUCACGGCCGCCUGUGCCCAGAGACGCUGCUGGUGCCGCUCGUGGGCAGCAUCGCUGAGAAGAGCGAUGCUCAGAGGCUGCAGGAGGCCGCGGGUGACCAGGUAAACCCAGCCGAUUUCAAGAGCCAGGAGUGGUUGUUCCCCAAGACCACACGAAACCUGGACCGCCUCCCCAUCCAGUAUCGGGGCUUCUGCGCGUACACGCUGGCCGCCAGAGACACACUGCUUCUGCCAGGCAACACAAACAUUGGAGUUCUGAGGCACAGGGAGAAGCUCUACACCUUCUCCUCCAAGCAGGCCGCGUGCGCCUUCGCCAGCAACCCGGACCACUUCGUCGGCAUGGUGGCCGAGGCAGCCAGGCGCUCCGCAGAGCUCAUUCAGCUGCUGGAACUACACCAGCAGUUCGCAGUCAUUACGCCCUACUCCCGGACACGGGAGCAGGGCGGCCCCGCCGAGACGCCCAUCACCAAGUGCGACAGUGGAACGCAGACGGACACGCACAUCCUGGAGUCCAGCAUCGUGAGGUCGUACGAGUGGAACGAAUGGGAGCUCCGGCGCAAGGCCAUUAAACUGGCAAAUCUGCGGCGCAAGGCCACGCACUCGGCGCAGACGGACCUGAGCCACCUGCGGAGGGACGGCGCCACUCAGGUGUACCUCCCGCGUGAGGUGGGCACGCAGACCAAGCGUGAGGGCGCCACCGACGUGCCGAGGCCCAGCGUCUACCUGGCCGGCCUUCGGGGCGGCCCCGCCGGUCAGCCGACGCGCGCCGUGCACGUGGACCUCACGCGCUACCCCGAGCAGCCUUAGUGGGACCACGCCGUGCCACACUGGGCCUACCCUGAACUACGUCACGUAGGGG